GCACCUCUCCCUUCAGUGAAUUGGUUGGCAUCUUGAAGUCACGCAUCCAUCGAGUCCUCCCUGCGCAUAUCGCAGUCAAGCCUGAGCAUUGGUACACGCCGUGCGACAAAGGACAAGGUCGGCUGUGUGUGGAUCACACUCCGACCUCAAGCUUUGUCUGUCGACGCACGCACACGCACACGCAUGCCCGAACGGCCUGACUGACCAUGGAGUGGUAGCCAGAUGGAACGAACACGGAGAACAAACAAGGGGAAAGAAGAAAAAACGAGAUAGAUGUUUGAGCCGAAAACGCCACGCCGGUGCGUGUGGAGAAAUAAAGGCAAGCAAGGCAGCACUUAUGAAUUCUGCUAGCUAGAGCUAUCAAUCUAUGCACGGCGGCCAAAAUCGCCCACUCUCGUUUGGUCCCGAUGGGUGGUGCAUGUCUGUCAUGUGCGGGGCAAGAAGCACGUCUCACUCUCUCUUGUGCUUCUUCGAGUGAGCAGGAAAGUGGGCACGUCCCAUGACAUGACAUGACAUGAAUGAGCAUCUCUCUCCCCCUCCCUCCCUCCCUCUGUACACAGGAUGACAUGAUGGCGGUGGGUAGGAAGGGUGAUGUUAAGUAUACAAGGACAUAUGGCAUGGUAUGGUAUGGUAUGAUAUAGACAGACAGACAGACAGAUGGAGGAUAGAUAGAGAGCCAUUACAAAUUAACACACGGUCAGCUAGUCAACACAUACAUACAACAUACAUACCACACGCACCCACCGCCCGCCCACCGCCCGCCCGUCUCUCUCUGCGUGCGUGGUUUGCUUGCGCGACUGACUUGUCGGUCGGGCCCUUUUGCUCUCUCAUUGGAUUGGUGUGCCUGGCUGCCUUUCCCUGCCUGUUGGUUGGAAAUGGCAAGACACCCACAGCACAGCUUUCAGGGCGGCCAAGCCACACACGAACUAGGCAGCAUAACACACAUACACACACACUCCGUCACCAGCACAAACAAACCAGCACACCCUACGCCAGAAAGGUCUUACUUAUGUGGGUGGGUGUCACUGUUCGGCCUCAUUAUUCUGUGCCAGUGAGUGCAUGAAUUAGGUACUUCUUGAUCUUGGCGAGAUGCCCCACCUGGCUAAUGGCCAGCUGCCGAGCUAUGAAGGGCGUGUUCUUCAGGUCAUGACCAAAGUACGCCUGGUGGACCCACGCACAUCACAACACACACCCGACAAUGAAUGUCAUCCAUGUGGCUGGCUGAUUGUCUGUCGGUCGUUGCAUGAAACACACCACACCCACACCCACACCCACACCCACACCCACCUGGCUGAGCAUCGUGACGGUCGUGCGUCCGUUGCCGGUGUCGUCGAUGACAUAUGCGCUCAACUGAUCGAUCCACCACACCACACAGCAUACACAGCACACACACAUUCACACAGAUGUCACUCCCUGCCUCACCCACCCCUCUCCAUCCAUCCAUCCAUCCAUCUCUCAUCUGGCUCACUCACCUCAGUGUGCCCACGAAUCAGCUCCGUGUUGGGUGGGGGAGGGGGCAGCUCCACCCCACGCACCAGCUCGACCAGCGGCUGCAGCGUCCCGGUGGUCGGCUGCUCGUCAGGGGCCGGCAUGAGCAGGCUCUUGGCCGCCAGCACCAGACGAGUGGGGGACACCUGCACACAGCAAAGCACAGCGUAUAGUAAGGGUGAGUGUGCUGUCCGUCCUUUGUUUGUCUUCGGGCAUGUCUGUCUGUCUGUCUAUCUCACCUGCCUUCUGCCGCCCAUGACGAUGAAUUCCCUCCCCGGCCGGCCCAUCAUGCCCUUGAACGCCUGAUACGUCACACGCCCAUUCGCCACACUGAAGUCGAAUAGCACCUCGCCUGCACACAAACAAACAGCACCACACACCACACCACGUGUGUCAUGCAUCAACCAGCCACCCACUUCCUCACACAACACACGCACCUGCCAGGAACUGCUGAUCGUAGUGUUUCUUGAAGUCGGGCGCCCUGAGGAAGGCGGCGAUGUCGCCGCCCUUGACGGAGCCGAAGUCCAUCGACCCCUUGAACAGAGGCAGGCACGACACAUCCGCCGACCCGUCCAGCACCGUCGACGAGGCCGCCGCAUCGGGGCGCGAGCAAGACUCCAACUGGACCGUCUGUCCCCACCAUGGAUGGCAGGAUGGAUGGAUGAGUGUGAAGGGGUGUGCUGUGUGUCUGGUGGUGUGUCUGUCUGGCUCCCUCCCUCACUAACCUGCACGCCUGAUGGUGAUCCAGCGGUCCUCCACCGGACCUCGUCGCUCUUGCUGUCCAUCAGGGCCGCCACGCGCGCCACCACACAAUCAAUCUGCCCGUCAGGUCAGCAUUUUUUGAUGAUGCACUCGGUGGGUCAGGUCGCUAGGCAGCUUUCUUCCUUUCUGACCUCUUCUUUGAGCGCCUGGGCGGCCGCCUCUUGCCCCGGUUGCAGCGUGAGGCUUUCAUCAGCCGAAUCGGCCGCCAUGUUGCAGCUCGCUGGCCCUUUGGCGGGAGUCGUGUGGCUGGCUGGGGGGGCCUCCUUGCCAGCCGAUGGCGACCCCUCCCCCUCAGUGCCGCUCUCCACACUGGGAGUCUCGCCGUUCUCGCGCGUCGACAGCGUCGUGGGGGUGGGCGCCUCGUCGCCUUUGUUGUUCUCAUUCUCAUCCCUGCCAGCCCCCGCAUCUACCUCCUCAUCGCUCUCAUAGUCGCUCUCAUCGUCUUCUCUCUCUCGCUCCGCCUGCUGCCUGAGCACCUUGGCGAUCUUGGGCAGCGUGGUGAUGUGGUUGGUGGUCACCAUGCGCUGGAUCAUCUGAGAGAGGUUGCCGCCCAGGUCCGUCUGCGACACGGCCGACAUCCGGAGGGUGGGCCUGGGCUGGUCGUCGAGGACCUGGAUUGCGUAUGCGGCGAUGUAGAUGUGGCCGCGGUGGCGGGUGGCCACACGCUCCAUCAGGCCGGCGGUGUCGCCCUCGUCCUUUGACGCCAGGAGGGACUCGAUGUGGGCGGUGAGGGAGGCCACGUCGAUGGCCCUGGUGCUGUCACUGUCGCUGCCGCCGUCUUCAUUGUCUUGUGUGAAGGUGUUUAGGAGCGCCGGUGCGAGGCAGUCGAUGCCUCCCGUGGCCAUGAUGACGUGAGUGGGCGACUUGGACUUGUGGAACCUGACACACAGACAGACAGACAGGGAGGAGGGAUGCAUUCCUCAUGUAGAUGAGCGGACGACCGUCUGCUAGGCGGCCAUCUGUCUGUCUUUUUGUUGCGCUUACGCGACGGUUACGAAGUCUCGUCCGGGGAAGCUGAGCAUGCCCUUGAAGGACUGGUAUGCGAUGACGGCAUCGCCCUCAUAGUGACUCAGCACCAACAUGUCCUCCGCCAUCGGGUCGAUCUCCCUGGCACACCACGAGACACAUCCACACGUGGUAGUUAGGUGGGUGCAUUGUGUCCUCUGUCCCCACUCACUUGCGUCUCUCUAGGUUGUGCUGCAUGUAGUCGAAGGCGGCCUCGAAAGUCACCCCGCCGUCGCCGCAGGGGAUGUCGAUGGAGCCACGGAAGAUGGGUGGCAGGUCAGGCACAUCCAGCCUCUCCGUCUGCCACACGCACACACACACAGCCACAACAGCUCUCUCUACUGCAUGAGGGCACUGGUGAGCCAAACAGCCAGGCACCUGUAUGCCCUGCAGGAUGCCGUUGUUGACCCAGCCUUCUGUAGACGACAGCAGCUCAUCAGCACGCUCGCAGUGUGCCUGCGCCUGCUCAGCACAGCACCGGGCAGGCCAUCAGAACAUCACAAGACACUCAGGGGGAAAGUAUCACCGGCUUCAGCGUCUCCCCGCCUGUCCGCUGCCUUUGGCCGUCUGUGCUCUCUGUGUGUGUGUGUACCGUAUCCCGGCAGAAGCUCCUCAGUUGCGCGUCGUCCAUCUCUCUCUGUCCGUACGGGAUCUGUUGCGUCCGAAGGCCGGCGGCCUAUGGAGAUCAGGAAUCACAGCGGACCCACGGAUCUCGCUUCCCCAAGCAAGAACCUCCUCUUGCGGAGAUCUGGA